UUGCCUUUGUUGUUGAGUUCCAAGCCAAACAGUUGUGUCAAUAGCUUUAUAUAACUUACAAUUAUGAUGGUAAUCAAGAAAUUGAUACACUUUGUAGAAGAAUCCAUUAAAAUGAGGACGUUAUUCACAGCUAAACUUUUUUUCUAUAUCUUGUUUUUUGGUGUGGUAUUUUUAGUGUACAUGAUAGUAAUAGACUAUAAAUCAAGCUCGCAAAAUCUGCCCGGCCAUAAGAUUGUACACGGGAUAGCAACCAAAUGGUUUAUUAACAAAGUGCACAACUGGUCAAAAGAAUCCGAGAAGAAGCUCAAUAAAAAACCAGAAAUGAAGUAUAUACUCCAGUGGACAUCGGCAAGCAACGUGCCCUUCGUUUACAUGAACAAAGGUCAAAAAGGUUUCAUAGACAGAAAAUGUCCACACACCAACUGUUUUGUGACAUCAAAUAGAUCUCUUCUCGGUGAUAUAAAGAAGUUUGAUGCGAUUGCUUUUUGUGGUACUGAAGUUAAAUACUACGAAAAAGAGAUGCUCCCGUUAACCCGAUCGCCUCAUCAAAAAUAUAUCUUUGCUACGAUUGAGUCCUCUCAUUACUAUCCUAUAUGCAGCAACCUGUUCGAUAAUUACUUCAACUGGACUUGGACGUUCAGACUCGACUCUGAUGUACGAUGGGGAUACAUGUCAAUAAGGGAUAAAAACAAUAAUAUAAUUGGCCCAAACAAGAUAAUGACCUGGCUAAAACCAAAUAAAAUGGACCCAGUUAGUGAAGAAUUUAAAAAUAAAUUAAAAUCGAAGAAGAAAGCAGUCGCUUGGUUUGUUUCGAAUUGCUACGAUAAAGUGGGCAGGAGAAUAAUUGCAACAUAUCUUAAACAAGAAUUAGAAAAAAAAUAUAAUUUAACAGUUGACAUUUACGGAGCUUGUGAUUCCUUGAAAUGCCCGUCUCCCCAAAUUAUGGAUUGUUUGAAAAUGUUACAAGAUGAUUAUUAUUUCUAUUUAUCGUUUGAGAAUUCUUUUAGCGAAGAUUAUGUCACUGAGAAGUUACUUAAAGCUGUAACCAAUAAUGUGGUACCGAUUGUCUAUGGAGGAGCUAACUAUACAAGGUUUUUACCCGAUGGUUCUUAUUUAAACGCAAGAUUGAUGACUGUUAAGCAGCUGGCUGCUAAAAUUGACGAGUUGAUAAGAAAUCCAGACCAAUAUGCAAAUUACUUUCGAUGGAAAAACCAUUACUCAUAUCAUAGUCUCGACGAAGAUCCAGAUACUGACGAAUACUGGCGACCAACAGUCUCUAGGCGGUGUCGGGUUUAUCAUCCACAAAUCCCUUGUUCACAAUGUGGUCACCAUCGGAAGUAUGUUGACCAGGAAAGCAUACCUGAUACUCAGAAUAUCAAAACGUUAUUCGUUGAAUAUCAUGCAGGUUUAUGGUCCGACCCUACGCACCCAGAUGACGAAGUGGAAGCUAUGUAUAAGGAGAUUACAAAAGCGAUGCAUAGCUACAAAACACACUACACUGUUGUGAUGGGAGAUUUCAACGUAAGGUUGAAGAAGCGUUGCGGUGAUGAGUUGAGAGAGGGGCAAUUUGGAGCUGGGCAACGGAACGCCAGAGGACAGAUUUUGGUUCAUUUUUUGAGACGGAGCACCUUUACAUUAUGAACUCCUUCUUCAAGUAA